AUGUGGCCUAUGCUUCUUAAUAUGACACGCGACGAAUGUCGUCGAACGCUAAGAAGACUUGAAUUGGAAGCCUACUCGAAUAUGAUAAGUGUAUUCAGAGCACAAGGGGCAUUAGAAGACAACAGAAAAAAGUUGCUUGAGGAACUACGCGCCGUUUUGCAUAUAAGCAAUGAUCGGCACAGCGCUGAGGCGCGUCGCGUGUCUAAUGACGAGCUACUAGCCACUAUUGCUGAACAGUUAGCGGGUCCUAACACAAGUUUAGGAUGGAUCAGCGAGGGUCGGCGGCGCGUGCCUCUAAUGCCCCGCGGCAUUCCACAGACCAUGUACACAGAAAUAGCCGACCGGGCUGCCGAGGCCGCUGCCGCAGAGAACAAGGACAUCAGGAAAAGAAUUGAGACGGAAAAACUCAAUGACGCAUCAGACUAUGAUAGUGAUCAUCACAGUCAAUGUACCGAGGAAGGAUCAUGUCCUGUCGCUCUCGAAGAUCAUACAGCUAAGAUAUGGGAAACUGAACUCAUUUGUCGUAAAAGAAAAUUGCCCGAAGGUGCCGCGCUACCAGACGAAGCUUCAACUCCUCAUAAAAAUAUGAGAAAUGUACAAGUUAAUACAAAUCAGAAACAUUUAAAUUUAUCACAGGUCUAUUCAAGAUUUUCACAGCCAACAUCGAGUAAAGCAUCAGGUCAUUCAAAGCAUUCAUAUAACCAAGUUAGCAAAGUAUCGACUAGUAAAUCAAACCAGCCUCACGCACCGCGCGGUCACAAACACAGAGCACACAAACAGGGUAAAACUCUGACUAAGGCGCAAAAGAAAGCUCGCGAUAUGCCUCUCUCUCCUAAUAAGCAGUACAAUCAACAAGUAGACUACUCCGGGCCGCCCGGCUCCUUCCAGGCGAGUUACGCACAAUCAAUACUCGGCGGUAAAACGAAGCCGGACUACAUAGACGAGAUGAAGUCCAAGUCUUCUUCACCGGGAAUGAUCACAGACUCGCCUACAAUGCAUCUCCUCACCCAACCGGCAACAGUGCCUCACGAAUUAUCAGUGUCUGAAAACCAUCCUGAUGACCCGCCCCUCCAAGCACACACUACGCCGAUACCGAAGACGGUCAGCGGCAAACCCUAUCAGGUGAUCAUCAAGAAGCGGGGUGAACUCACCACCGAUAAGAAAGUACAAAUGUCUGACUUCAAAGUCAUACAGAAACCUCCCGAGGAGGUUAAACUUCUCCCCAAUCGGCAGGUCGUGUUGACGCCCAACAAUCAGAAAACACAAAACGUUCCUGGGAAACUGAUGACGACCAAAGUUGUCAGCUCACUACCGAAAUCCAGGACCCCGAACGUUCCAGUCAUACAGUCGGAUAAAAUGAUCGUAGUUUCCAAAUCGUCCAUUGAAAAUUCAAAAAUAUUAAUAACAUCCACGUCCACGACGACGCCUUGUAAAGAUAGUAUACACAGUAGCACAAAUAGCAUAUCAAAAACUAGCGAAGCGUUCACACCGAAAGGCAUCCCGGCGACCGAUUUGAAAGUUUCAGCUAAAACUUUCGUUUUAAAUCCGAAAUCGGGACAGAAAAUGGUCGUUUUACCGGCGAAAGCCGCUAAAGAAGGUCUGUUUCACCUGAAAGGUGUCUCGACGAGUAUGAAGGUUGUGUCCGUGAGUUCACAGAUCAGUGUUCAAGGUUCAAAACCACCGCCAUCAACUGUUAUGUCCAAGCCUGCAGUCAACACGUUGCCCUCCAACGCUAAAAUAGUAGGUGUAGAACCGAUAAAGACUGCCAAUAUGGCGGAUAUAGUACCAGUAAAAGGUCUACCGCCGAUCUCGACGACAAAAUUAACAAAUCCCAUAGUACGGCCUGUGAAUACAAAGGGCAAUCUAAUAGUCGUCUCGAAAGGAUCUACUUUAGGAAAAACGCUCACUUUCACUAAAAACGGUAACGACAUGUCCAAGAUUAUAAUGGGGAAGAACGUUAAUAAGCUGUUACAGACGUCCAAGACGGAUCAGAUGGAAAACACGAAAUCGGGGAAUGUUAUAGUUCUAGAAUUAAACAACGAACAGACGGGUCGGACGACGACCAUGUCCGAAAUACUAGAGAACCGAACGAACCCGGCGCCGGCCAGCGAGCAGGAAGCGAAGAAUGAUGUACAGGAGAUAACGGCAGAGACACCGGUACUGUUCGAGAACCCGAUGUCCGCAGAGACUUGUAACACUAGCAGUCUAGACUCCACCACCAGUCUCACGGACAUGGAGAGAAUGGAAGACGCCAGUUUAGGUAUAAUAGAUAAGAUAGGGAAAGAGAAAAUAGAUUUUAGUAAAAACUCAGAUAAUAAGGAAAGCUCCAACGUGACCGUCUGGGAUAUCGAAUUGGAGGUUGCGGACAAGGCGAAGGAAGACGUCGACAAACUAAACUCUUUACAUUUAGAUCUUGGCAUGUCUAGUGAUAGUGAAAACGAAUUUAUGGAAGGUCAUAAAGUAAAAGAUCAGCUCCCCACUGAGAGGAUACAGACUGCGACUCCCACUGGUGAGGGUCCGGAGAGGUUUGGAACGUUGUCGCGGGCGCGCACGUUGCUUAGUCAACUGCAAGACGACGGUUCCUCUAGUAACGACUCGUCCUUCGCCAUCAAGGCCAAGUGCCGGCGGGAAGAACGCGAGUCGGAAGCCUUGUCCAAAGCGCGCGCGAAAUUGUCAGAGAAGGUAGCGGAAGCGAAAUCGCAACAGAAAAGAAUAGACGUGUAUAGUACAGCGAUCAGUACGACGGAUAUCAAUCUAGAUUCGUUUUCGUAUCUAGAGGAAGGUCUGCUUGAAGGCGAGGAGGCUCGAGUUGAGCUGACCGAGUCUCUCUCCCGUCUACUGAGCGACGGACACAAACCGCAUCAGUAG